UCCAAGCUGCACUUGCCGCCCCGUUGAGGACGAGGAGGCGGCAGGAGCGGUGACGGUGUCGCCGCGGAACCGGAUUGCCGGCACGGAGGGCUCACCGGCCUGUCCCCCACGGCCCUCUCCCGCCUCGCUCCCAUUGUGUUGGAAUCAUAAAAAGAGAGAAUAUAACAACAAGAAAAAGACUAAAAUUGUGACAAAGACCCAACUGGGUAGGUUUACAUUUUAUUCUCAAUUGGGACCUCUUGGUUAUAAACUCUUCUCCAUCUGGUGCUGCAACAAUGAGUGGGAAAUCCCUGCUCUUAAAGGUCAUUCUCUUGGGUGACGGUGGAGUUGGGAAAAGCUCACUCAUGAACCGUUAUGUAACCAAUAAAUUUGACUCCCAGGCUUUUCACACCAUAGGGGUAGAGUUCUUAAAUCGAGAUUUGGAGGUAGAUGGACGUUUUGUAACUCUCCAGAUCUGGGACACUGCAGGGCAGGAACGUUUCAAGAGCCUUAGGACACCCUUCUACAGGGGAGCAGACUGCUGCCUCUUGACCUUCAGCGUGGAUGACCGGCAGAGCUUUGAGAACCUGGGUAAUUGGCAGAAAGAAUUCAUCUACUACGCAGAUGUGAAAGACCCUGAGCACUUCCCCUUUGUAGUUCUGGGGAACAAAGUAGACAAAGAGGAUAGGCAAGUGACAACUGAGGAGGCGCAGUCCUGGUGCAUGGAGAAUGGAGAUUACCCUUAUCUAGAAACAAGUGCCAAAGAUGAUACUAAUGUGACAGUGGCCUUUGAAGAAGCUGUCAGGCAGGUGUUGGCCGUAGAGGAACAACUGGAGCAUUGCAUGUUAGGUCACACUAUUGACUUGAACAGUGGUUCCAAAGCAGGAUCUUCAUGCUGUUAAAAGUAGGAAGCCUUUUAAAAAUGUGCCCCAAAUUGAUCAGUCAGUAGUGUGAGAAUCACUGUGCCCCUCUAUUAGUGCACACAUAUACGAAAGGAUGAGAGAUAAGUUUCUGAUGUGAACCAGAGCCUUUCAAGUUGAAGUUGUAGAGCAAUUUAAAGGGGAAAAAAAAAAAGCUUUAUCAAGCCAACUGUAUUUUGUGUAAUUUCUGCUAUUUCCUUCUUGUGUGUAUCAGGACAUUUCAGAAAACUUUAGUCCUGAGAGAUUUAAAUAUUUUUCAAGUCACAGUUUAAUCUUAGAACCCAGCCGCAUGAAGGAGUUAAAGAGCUACAGCUAUCCCUUAAAGCGUUUCAUUAAUCAACUAACAAAUGUCACCAUUGACUCUUACCAAGCAGUUUCUGACAUGUCUGCCAAAGGGGAGAAAAAUAAGGCUCUGAGAUGUACUAUAAUAAAGAUAAUAAUGCAAACUAGGAUGUCCUAAGCUUGAAUUAUAAAGAGGUUGUAAAGAUUAGAAGUGCUAAGUAUAAUGAAUGAUGUACACUGCCUUGUUUAAACACUUAUGUAUGGUUUGCUCCCCUCUGAGCUUUAAAAAAAUGCCAUCUCGGUAAGAGAUACACUAAUGACUCUGGAAAUUUAUUAUACUCAUUGUAUUUGAAGUAACAGGGUCCUAGUGAAUGGAUUAUGCUUCAUUAUGCCAAUCACCCUUGCAAAUAAAUGGUUGGUCUGAUUUUACUUUGUAAGUCUACUUUUGCUGCACAGGGGUGUUGCUUCUCUGACAACCUCUUAUCUAGCAAUGCUGCUUAGUAUAUGGCUUUUAAUCCAGUGCACUCUACUCAUAAUUGUGAUGGUCCUUUGGUCUACCAUACUAUGCUCUCAGAGAAGCCUUCAGAAUAGACUGGAGGAUACUGGGCUUUUCUCAUAAGGUUCCUUAACUCGAAUAUUUAUUGUAGAAGAAGGAACUGAUUUAUUGUAUGUUGCACUGUAUGUUCAGCUGGCCAAACUAGGAUGUUGAAAGUAACAAGAGAACAUGCUUUAACCCAGCAUUAGCAUGAACUCAUAAUUAGAGUUGUCCAGCAGAAUGGUCUGCUUUAAUAGUGAACCCUCUUCCAGUGAAAAUAUUCGAGAUGCUAGAUGACCAUCUGUUAAAAUACCAUAAAAAGAAUUUCUAUACUGCCUAGAUGUUUGGUUUAAGGUCCUUUUCAGCUCUAAGUUCUAGGAAUCUAUGAGCUACAAGCUAUGUUUAAGUGCCAUGUUAUAGUUAGAUAUAUCUUAAGAUAACAGCUAUGACUAUGGAAAGGGUCUUUAAAAUUUCUCAAACUAUUCUGGGAUCAGCCUUUAACAGCAACUACAUAGCUCUUUCUUUUGCUUUUGCACUGUGGCAGGAAAAAUUCUUGAACUCCAAGUAGUCAUUACAUGUCAAAUAUAAACAUCCUGAAGAUACCACAUUAAAAUACAAAAACAGUUUAUCAAAGUUUGAUUACCAUGACUGCUACCUAUAUACUUUAUUAUGAAUAUGCAGUCUAGUUCUUGUCAGUUGAUUUAUUUGUCCUGCAUAGCUUUUAAUCUGUACUUUUACAACAUCAGUGAUAAAACAGUGACCCAAAGUAAUGAGGGACAGUUAAAAAUGACCGUAAAAAAGACCUAGGUCAGGAAGGGGGCAGGAGCUUUCACAGGAAUAUAGCCUAGAACUCUCCAAUGUAGCCACAUAUGGAAUCAGCCUUACAAGUGGGACCUUAUGUACUUUAAGAGCUCUGGGACUUUUUGGCAACAUUAAGUGGAAGAUGAUAUUUUAAUCCAGUCAUACCCAAUAUUUCCAAUUUGAAUAUGGUCCUGACCCCAUUGUCCAGCUAACUUUGAUGCCAGAAGUCAAAGCCAGAACUGGGACCCCACAGCUCUUAAGUAUUGGUCCCUAUCCUGCCUAUGCCUAUAGCCAGCCACACUGGUUUCCAAGUACUAUGAUCAUUUUGCUACAAUCAUGUUAGAGUGAAAAUCUGUAUGUCAGAACUGUUAAUUGCUAAUUGUUUUUAAGUGCAUGAGACCUGGGGCCUUCUCUUUCUACUUGCACUCAGCUUAUAAUAGUUUCUAUUUGUAGAUCUCAGGCCUUCAUAAAGACCUCCAUCCACUCACAAAAGUACUUGUCACUAUGAGAAUGGCACAUGAUCAUUUAAGCAAAAAAAAAAAAAAAUUACUUGGGUAUCCCAUUCAUAGGCCUCCUGUCCAUUCAAGACAAGUGUUAAUUUUAUUGGCAGGUCAGUUGAAGCCCCUUUUCUCUUAGCCAUACUGGUUUUCUUCUACCAAAUCACUACAUAAUAUAUUAACAAAAACACUUAAUAUUAAGUGACAAAAAGUGGCGGCAUUUUGGUAAGUAACACUCAGUGGGGUGCUGACAUAGAGUUUGGUUAAGAUUAAAAGAAAAAACACCAAAGGCUGAUAUCUAUGAGUAUCAGGAACUGUGCAUAUAGAAAAUUGUAUACUCUAGAAUGUGCAGUGCAAUAUUUUCAGUAGGUGUUUUUUUCAUGAACACUGAAUUUUUUGGAACAAGAUGUUUCUAAUUGGAACUAUAAUGUUUUUCAAUGGUCCAUUAAAACAUCAUACAGAAUAUUUAUUAAUUUAUUUUCAUGUAUUAAGCUAACAUUCAGGGGGCCUCAGUUUUCAUAUAUCUUCAGUGGAUUGAUGAAUUUCAGGUUAAUUUGUGCCUGCCUCAGCCAUCUCAGUUGUACCCUGAGGUAUUCCACAGUCCUCUUGUUGCUGGUGCUGCUAAAAACUGGAAAUUGUGUAUCAGAUAUUUUGUUUCAACUGUAAAAAAAAAAUCAUCUGUGUUAAAGUGAAUAAA